CAAAGUUUCAUGUACAUAUAAUAGAAAAUCAAAACGAGCAUCAAGUGUUAGGAAAAAAAAGAAAGCAAGAAGGCGCAUCCACAAGCAACUUGCAACAAAACAAAAAGGCUAAAGGGAAGACGAAAAAGAGCAAAGGAAGAGACGCUCCUAUGAUGAAUAUGCAGCAUGAUGAUGCACAAAGAAAAGAAGUGAGAGGCAAAGGUGUGAAAGAUAGUGAAAGACUAUCACUGACCAUGAGGAGGAGGACUAGGAGCAUGAUGCAGUCAAAAAGUGAUGAUCAUGCAGAAAAAUCACAAAAUGAUGAUGAACAGCUG